CUUCUCCACACGCAACGACACAACAAACAACUGCGACUUCCAGUUGCCGUUCAAGAUAUUGCUACGUACGCACGAAUGCACGUCGGUUGUCUCACGGCAUUUUCUGUGAGAAAAAAAAAAAGAUUAUUCUUCCGCGAGGAGAGAGAGAAACCGAGUGCUGCAUAAUUUUAUUUCGCGUUGCGCGUGCACGGAAACGAAAGUGAGGAGGGGGACUUUGUCGAGAAGGGGGAUGGUGGAAUAAAGAGAGAGAGAGAGAGAAGACAGUGGGGGGUCGGCACGAUUGACAGUUGGUAGUUAGUGUCGCUUCCUCGAUACGCGACGGCCACGUUGCGUUUGCUCUCCUCCCGAUAUAUAUACACGACUCUCCGAGUCGUCUCCGAAGGGAACGAACAAGAGGGGGAGGGAGGACGGAAGAAGGGGAGGGAGAGGAAUUAACGUCCUCGAGAAGGGAACGCGUCUACGACCGACAACCCGGUCGGCCUUAGCUUAGUUUACCUUAACGCGCGUUCCGCGAUCGGGAGGGAUCGGUUUGAGAGAGAGAGGAUCGAGGAUAAAUCGCCGUCUUAUUUACGAAAUUUAUCUACGAAAGCCGGCAGGACAUGUGCUAACAGACAUUCCUGAGAUAAUUGUACGAGGAGAUUCGCCCGAGUGAGCACAAACUACGCAAGGAAUUUUCUCUCUUCGAUCUAUAACGAUCGAACAAAAAGAUAUAAGGGAUAUCGCUCGCUAAAAUGAUCCACGCGAGCUCGUGAACCGGAGGAACUGGAACACACAUUACACAUUUGUCGAGGACUCGUCGGAGAAGUCCAGAUCGUGGUUCGGUGAGCGAUCUCGUCCCAAGAAGGGAAGAGAAAGACCCCCGGCGGGGAUAUACAGAGGGUUUACGGAGAGAGGGAGACGGAAAGACAAAGGGAGGGGGAGCAACGAAGACGAGACGGAAGACGGAGGAGAAAAAAGGAGGGAACUCUCCGGGUAGAGGAAGCACAGACCGCGUGGACAUCCGUGCACGGAGGGACACAAUCGUGUCUGUCUCGAAUAAGAGAGCCUCGUGACUGAAAUUUGUCGAAGUAACGGGAAGGAGACCCGACCGACCACUUAUUCGCACGUGGUGCUCGAUAGUGGUGGUGGUGGUGGUGCACUACCAAGUAGUAGUGGGUGGACACUGAGGGAACACGCGGUCGCGAUCCUCGCAGAUCGGCCAAAUUUUUGCUGUGGUCCGACACCCAACGUGUAAUCAUGUAUAAGCUGCUGGGUGAAUUGAGCCGUUACCUGAAACGGCAGGAGAUCAUCACGGACUCUCUGGUGUUCCGUAUGCACAACCACUUCACCACGGUGCUGUUGUUCACGUGCUCGAUCCUCGUCACGGCCACCCAGUACGUCGGUAAUCCGAUCUCUUGUAUCGUCCAGGGUCUGCCCCAGCAUGCGAUCAACACUUACUGCUGGAUAACGUCCACCUUUACUAUGCCGGACGCGUUCAAUCGACAGGUCGGCGUGGAGGUCGCCCAUCCAGGAGUAGCCAACGACUUCGGAGAUGUCGACGCGAGGAAAUACUACACGUACUACCAGUGGGUCUGUUUCGUGCUAUUUUUCCAGGCAGUUUUAUGCUAUCUACCUAAAUGGCUAUGGGGCUUGUGGGAAGGCGGUCUGAUGAAUGCGUUGGUCAUGGGAAUGAAUCACAGUAUGGAUACCAAGGACAACCUCACGAAGAAGAAAAGCGCUCUCAUGGAUUACUUAAUAAUGCACAUCAGG